GUCCUUUUGUGGGAGAAGUGACCUGGAGGGACUUUCCCCAGGUGCCAAGUCUGGUUCUUCUUCCCUCCCCACGUCCCCAGCAGGGAGGGCUCAGGGCACAUAAAUAGCUGCCCCCUGCCCCCAGCAGACAGGGACCAGCUCCUCAUUCCACGCGAACCAGCGCCAUGAAGCUCUUCACAGGCCUCGUGUUCUGCUCCCUGGUCCUGGGUGUCAGCAGCCAAGGCUUCUUCUCCUUCUUUCGCGAGGCCUAUGAUGGGGCGAGAGACAUGUGGAGAGCCUACUCUGACAUGAGGGAAGCCAAUUACAUAGGUGCAGAUAAAUACUUCCACGCCCGGGGGAACUAUGACGCUGCCCGGAGGGGACCUGGGGGCGCCUGGGCUGCUGAAGUGAUCAGCGAUGCCAGAGAGGGUAUUCAGAGCAGCCUUGACUUUUUUAAGCAUGGAGACAGCGGCCACGGAGCAGAGGACUCGAGGGCCGACCAGGAAGCCAACCGAUGGGGCCGGAGCGGCAAAGACCCCAAUCACUUCAGACCUGCCGGCCUGCCCGACAAGUACUGAGCUCUCUCGCUGUGCUCUUGGGAGCCUGGGCCUUGAGCCCCUGAGGUCAGGGACACCGAGUCAUUGAGUUUGACCUGUCCAGAUGCUGAUAAAGGGCACGUAAUCUAUGUGUAAUAAAUGCUUAGAGAUUGAA